AUGAUGUAUCUCCAAGACUAUGAAAGAAUGCCCCGCGGGUUAGGUGCAUCGCUGGUGGACCAACUGGACUUGGAUGCUUCACCCAUUCGGGUGCGGAAGAAAAUGCCGGCCAAUAACGGGGGUGGGUUUGGUCUCCGCAGCACGCAGAGAACAAAAGAACCCCAGAGGAAAGAAGACGAUAUUAUUACCCUCGUUGCGCUCGGUCUGCUUGGGCUGCCCAGCGACCCCUGUGACUCUACCCAUGACGAAAUCGAAUCGGUGCAGCUGCAGGACCUGAAUUCAAAGAUCAUCUAUCGAGAACGAACGAAAACAGCACCAAGUGUUCCCUUCCGAUCCGGAGACGAGAUGGCCGACGCGCUGGAGCAAACAGUCGGGGAGGGAGCAGCAAGAAUCGAUGUCGAUGGAAAAGAAUACCAAAAAAGAAGCUCUGCUGUUCAGCACUUGCUGCAUACUGAUGGCGACGAGGCCGAAAGGGAGAGCCUCGUGGCCAAACAACCGAGAAAAGCGCAGCCCGACGAUUCCAACCUCCCCGCGCAGACCGAGAACAGACACACAGCGCAUGCCCUUGGGCCGGACGAUGAGACUCGUCGGCCCGGUGCUGGGGCCGCGCGGGAUCUUGACAGCGCCAGAGCAACUUCUGCGUGUGCCAACUCAAUUUGUGGCGAAUACAGGGCGCGGAGGCAGCUGGCAUCUCGCGACAGGAAUACCCCGUGCGAAACCGUCGUGCCCAACCUCCCACAAUCGAAGACAUUGGGCUCAGCGCGUGCUAUUUUGCUGAACAACUUGCGCAUUGCAGAUGAUGGACCGCGAGACCGCCUCAAAAGUCACGACACGCAGGGCAGCCAUGCGCUCGAUUCUUUCCACAGUAUAGACGCGGUGCGGUGCCAGGGCUUCUCGGCGGUGGUACAGCUUGCAAGAUAA